UCCCCGACGGAGCGGCCAGAGCCGGAGCGAGCGGUCGCGCCCCAGAGGCUCCGCCGCGGCCCCGCCAUGGUCUCGGCUCCGCGCUGCCGGCCCGGCGCCCGGGGGCUCCUGGCGCUGCUGCUGCUGCUGCCCCUGCCCGGGGCUCGCGGUCUGUGUGGGGCCCCGCCAAGGCUCAGUCGUGCCAGACGCCAGAAUACCAGUUGCACAGAGGACUGCCCUAUCGGCACAGAAGUGACCUACAGGUGCAGUGGUGGCUUUGUUAAAAUCCCUGGAAAGUCAGACACUGUCGUUUGCCUUUCAAACUCAGAGUGGUCAAACUUUGGAGAGUUUUGUAAUGGUGGCUGUGGUGCCCCACCAAGGUUAAAAUCUGCUACCUUAAGCAAGGAAGAUGGGCAGAAGAAUUACUAUCCUAAAGGGACCACUGCGAGUUAUGUCUGUCGCCCAGGAUAUGAGAGCACCGAAGUGAAACCUGUCAUUACUUGUCUUGAGAAUUUAAGAUGGUCAGAAGCCCCUGAGUUCUGUAUUGGGAAAUCGUGUGGCGUUCCAAAAGGACCAGAGCAUGGCAGAGCUGUUGUUCUAACAAAUGACCUGUAUGGUGCAAGAGCAAACAUCAUUUGUGAUGAAGGGUUCAGAUUACAUGGGCGGCCUUUCAUCCAAUGUUUGCUGAAGGGAGAUCAAGUUGAAUGGAGUCAACUUCCAACUUGUCAAGAUCCGUGUGGGCCCCCAGGAAGGCGCCGCCGUGAUACUAAUAGCUGCGGUGGUGGCUCUGUUAAAAGCCUUGGCAUUUGUGAUUCUCCUCCAAGAUUGAGUUUUGCUGAGCUGCCUGGGACAGUGAACGAUUCCUACCCUGUGGGGACCGAACUGAAAUACUCCUGUCGCCCAGGAUACGUUUUGGGCUCUGGAAAGUCUCCUUUAGUUGUAUGUCUUGCAAAUUCAACAUGGUCAGUAGACCCUGAGUUUUGUGUAGGAAGACUGUGUAAACAACUAGAACUAGAAAAUGGCAGGGUUGAUUUGACCGAUCUCCGAUUUGGUGCAACAGCAAACUUCUCGUGUGAUGAAGGGUACAGAUUAAUUGGAAUGACUUCUGCCCAAUGUGUGGUUGCGGGAAAUGGAGUUAAUUGGGAUAAGAGGCUUCCACAUUGCCAAGCAAUACCUUGUCUUCCACCUCCUGAUAUCACCAGUGGAUCCCAUACUGGUCAGAGUGAACAAGAGUUUUCCUUUGGCUCAGCGGUAACUUACAAAUGUGACCAGGGCUUCUCUCUUAUUGGAGAGGCCUCCAUUCAUUGUACAACGAAAGAUAACGUCAAUGGAGAGUGGAGUGGCCCUGCCCCUGAAUGCGAAGGCAUUUGUGAUUCUCCUCCAAGAUUGAGUUUUGCUGAGCUGCCUGGGACAGUGAACGAUUCCUACCCUGUUGGGACCGAACUGAAAUACUCCUGUCGCCCAGGAUACGUUUUGGGCUCUGGAAAGUCUCCUUUAGUUGUAUGUCUUGCAAAUUCAACAUGGUCAGUAGACCCUGAGUUUUGUGUAGGAAGACUGUGUAAACAACUAGAACUAGAAAAUGGCAGGGUUGAUUUGACCGAUCUCCGAUUUGGUGCAACAGCAAACUUCUCGUGUGAUGAAGGGUACAGAUUAAUUGGAAUGACCUCUGCCCAAUGUGUGGUUGCGGGAAAUGGAGUUAAUUGGGAUAAGAGGCUUCCACAUUGCCAAGCAAUACCUUGUCUUCCACCUCCUGAUAUCACCAGUGGAUCCCAUACUGGUCAGAGUGAACAAGAGUUUUCCUUUGGCUCAGCGGUAACUUACAAAUGUGACCAGGGCUUCUCUCUUAUUGGAGAGGCCUCCAUUCAUUGUACAACGAAAGAUAACGUCAAUGGAGAGUGGAGUGGUCCUGCCCCUGAAUGCGAAGAUCAGUGUGUGCUCCCACGAAGGCGCCGCCGUGAUACUAAUGGCAAAGAAGUGCCAUACAAGUGCGGUGAUGGCCCUGGUAAAAAUCCUGAGCCUGGCUUUGAUACACGCAUUGGCAUUCCUGGGAUCGGCAGCAACAUCGCCAUCGCCAUCACCGUCGCCGCCAUCACCAUCGCCAUUGCCAUCGUCACUGGAAUAGUUGCAGGUUUGAAUAAAAAAUGGAAAAAGAAAAAAGGUUCUUACGGUGUAAAUCUGGAUUCCCCAAAGUAUCACAUUGCGCCAGAAGAUGAUUUGCAGAUGAGUGAAACAAAAUCUAAUUUGAUCAUCAAAGUAUAAAUGACUGAUGCUGGCUGAUGGCUAUGGCUUAUACAUUAACAGACACUGGAAGAAUAUCAUGGAAAAGUUAGGAGAUAAAUGUCAUAUUUGUAGUGAAAUUUCUGUAGUGAAAAUAGACCCCUCUCAGGUAACUGCUGUUACUUUUGCUACAACUUCUUUCCUUUGUUGAGCUGCAUUUGAGUAAAGCAGAAAGACUGGAGGUGGAUCAUCGCUCUUGCCCUAGAAAAUGGCUUCUGAAGCAAGCAAGGCAGUUGGCAGCAUCAAAAUUACUUGCUCUUCUGAACAUGCACCUGGUUCCUUAUUAGGCCUCUCCAUAGCGCUAAAUGUUUCCCCUUAAAGAACAUAGUCGCCAUCAGAGCGUGGCAUGGUUUGGAUUGUGAGUUGUGGCUUUAACGGUUGACAGCAAGAGAGACUGUUCAGAUCCCUACUUACAAGCUUCCAUCAUGGAGUGCGUAUUACUCUUUAAACACAAAUUUAAAGAUGCCAGACACUAGGUGGAAUGUCAUAGAUUCUUCAUAAAAACAUCCAUCCUGGGUCAGACCAAUGGUCCAUCUAGCCAGAUGCUUUAAAGGAAAUGAACAGAACAGGGCAGUUAUUGAGUGAUCUAUCAUCCCCUGUCAGCCAAUCCUAGCUUCUGGCAAUCCGAGUAGGGACACUCAGAGAAUGUGGUUGUAUCCCUGGCCAUAUUAGCUAUCACGUUUGUUUCCUUGCAAUCCACUAGCACUUUCUUAUAAGAAGCAAGCAGUAAGAUCAAAAGUGUCCUCCUGAGAAGUUCUCCAGUGGUUUAGUGCCUACAUUAUUUUAAUAUGUUAAUUGUCAAAAACUGUCUUUGCAGAUAUAAGCUUUUAUUUUAUAUAAAAUAAGCUUUUUUUUAUAUUCAGGAAAUGUCUCACACUGCUGCUGAGACGGUGUGUUUAUAAUCAAAAACUUUGUCAUCUGUCUUAUAAGAUUUAAAGAUUUAAAAUGUUAUUUGCACCUUUUUUGUGACUGCAAGCUGCAUUGUUUUAUUUAGCAAUAAGAAGAAAUCUUUUCCACAAAUGAAGCAACUAUAAUUGAAGAUAUCUGUGUUAUUUACAAUGUCUUCUUUGGAAUAGGCCUUUUUCUUAAAUAAAAGGGAUACUGAAUAAAGA